AUGUCGGCCUCUGUUCCCUGGGCGCGAUGCGUCCAGCGCAGCGGCCAGACCUUGGCCAGGUGCAGCUUGAAGCGCACCUCGGUUGUUGCAGCCACAUGCCGUGCACCCUCGCGGGCGAGGCCUUCCACACUGAGAUCACUGACGUACUUACCCAUGAGACGAGCCCAAAAUGCCCGCCUCUUCAGCACCAAUGCGAGAAGAUUGAUGCCCGACGAGGAAGAUGCCUUUGACCCCGCCUCCAUCGAGCGCGAGUCCGACGAGGUCGAUGUGUGCAUCGUGGGAGGCGGCCCCGCAGGUCUGAGUGCCGCCAUCCGGCUCAAGCAGCUCGCCAACGAGGCCGGCAACGAAGACUUCCGAGUCCUGGUAUUAGAAAAAGCCGGAGACAUCGGCGCACACAUUUUAUCCGGCGCUGUGAUCCAGCCCUCCUCCAUCAACGAGCUGAUCCCCGACUGGCUCGACGAGUCGAAUCCCGACCGGUUUGAGCAUGCGACACCCGCCGGGACCGAUCGCAUGCGCUUCCUGACAAAAACCUCCUCGAUCCCGGUUCCUGCACCCCCGCAGAUGAGCAAUCAUGGCAACUACAUUGUCAGUCUAAACCAAUUUGUAAAGUGGCUGGGCGAGCGUGCGGAAGAGGUCGGCGUUGAGGUGUACCCCGGCUUUGCCGCUGCCGAGGUGCUGUACAAUGCCGAUGGCUCGGUUAAGGGAGUCGCGACAAACGACCUUGGUAUGGGCCGGGACGGCCAACCCAAGGACACAUUCGAGCGGGGUAUGGAGUUCCAUGCCCGGGUCACAAUGUUCGGAGAGGGUUGCCAUGGCAGUCUCACCAAGCAAGUGAUCAACAAGUUCGAUCUGCGCAAGGACAGCCAGCACCAGACGUACGCGCUGGGGCUCAAGGAGGUAUGGGAGGUCGACCCCGCCAAGUUUGAAAAAGGUCUGAUUGUGCAUACAAUGGGAUACCCAUUGUCCAAGCAUGUGUAUGGCGGUUCUUUCAUGUACCACUUCGGCGACAAUCUCGUCAGCUUGGGGCUGGUGGUAUCACUGGAUUACGAGAACCCGUGGUUGUCCCCAUACCAGGAGUUCCAGAAGCUCAAGCAUCACCCCCUGUUCAAGAAUGUCCUCGAGGGUGGUAAGUGCAUCUCUUACGGUGCUCGUGCCCUCGUAGAAGGAGGUUUCCAGUCAAUUCCCAAGGUCGCCUUUCCUGGUGGAGCUCUCAUCGGUGAUUCCGCUGGUUUCAUCAAUGUGCCCAAGGUGAAGGGAACACACAACGCCAUGAAAUCGGGCAUGCUGGCCGCCGAGGCGGCUUGGAAUGCUUUAAGCACGAGCGACGAAGGCACCGUCUUCCUCUAUGAAUACGAGGAGUCUCUACGGAAAUCGCCCAUCUGGAAGGAACUCAAGGAGGUCAGGAAUAUGCGCCCCUCCUUCCACAACCCUCUUGGUUUGUACGGCGGUCUUGUUUACUCAGGACUGGAGGCCUACGUCCUCAAGGGCAGAACGCCCUGGACGCUCAAGCACAAGACCCCCGACUACGCCUCGACCAAGCCAGCAGAUAAAUUCCCCAAGAUCGAGUACGAGAAGCCCGACGGCAAGAUCAGCUUCGACAUCCUGACGAGCGUGUCCCGAACCGGCACGAACCACGAGGAGGACCAGCCCGUCCAUCUCCAGGUCAAGGACUGGGACGAGCACACCGACAAGACGUACCCGCCAUUCAAGGGCCUAGAGAACAGGUUCUGCCCGGCCGGUGUCUACGAAUACGUGGAGGACGAAUCCAAGCCCCAUGGCGUGCGGUUCCAGAUCAACUCCCAGAACUGUAUUCACUGUAAGACAUGCGAUAUCAAGGCGCCUCAUCAGGAUAUCAACUGGCAGGUUCCCCAGGGAGGCGAGGGACCCAAGUACUACAUGACUUGA